AUGGGACUCUAUACGAAUAUGUCGGACCCAUAUAAUGUGGCCUACGAGAUACCUUCUUCGGGCUCCAUAGGGGAUGGUUCGGUUCAGUACAUAUCAGUGAAUUUUGAGGACAGCACUACACUCCUGGCGAAUAUGAACACUACUGGGCCCGAUAAAUAUAAGCUAUACUUCAAUGACACCUCCUAUUCGAGCCCUGUGCAGGUCGUGGGUGGUAAAAUGGACUACUACUCGGCCUUCGGGCCUAUCUACUUGAAUUACGAUUUGAAGCCUCAAAUAUCGGCACCUGGAGGCGAAAUACUUUCUACUUGGCCCCUUGGCGAGCAAGGUUACUACUCCCUCCUAUCAGGCACGUCAAUGGCAGCCCCGUUCAUUAGCGGUUGUUAUGCACUAGUUAAAUCUCAGUUCCCUGACCUGUCUGUCGCGGAAAUCCUUUCCCUUCUACAGUCAACUUCAAGGCCUAUGAAAUGGGUAUAUAACGAUACCAUUACUGCGGGGACCUUCCAACAGGGAGCUGGUUUGGUCAAUGCAUAUAAUGCUAUCACAUAUCUGAGUCGCGUGUCUCCGGGCCAACUUCUCGUAACUGAUAACACGCACACUACGUUCGGAGCAGUCAAUAUAACAAUUAAGAACUAUUCAAAUUCGACGAAGCAAUAUGCAUUAUCCCACGAAGGUGCCAGCUAUUCGGAACCCAACCCCCCUAAUAACCCCAUCUUCUCUCAGGAGAAUCAGCUCCCGAUAUAUGGAUCCGCCGAAUUUGAGUCACCGACCGUCGAAGUCCCGGCAGGAGAGUCUACGGUUGUAUCAUUCAAGAUCUUACCUCCUACCUCUGGUCUCAAGCCCGAGCGACUACCAGUAUUUGGUGGAUUCAUAAAGGUGACCAGUGAUGGCGAAGAGUUUAGCGUGCCAUAUUCUGGUCCCCCUUACUCCUUAUACAAUGCCCAGUAUAUUCAUGUCCUAAACACGAGCACGGCAGUGCAGCCGCAAAUAUCAUACAAGUUCCAGGAUGACUGGUUUAUUAACAAAGGCUUACUGGAAGUUAAUUCUUCGAUGUCGUAUCGCUCGCUUAUCGGCCGCGACCAGUUCACUCGUGGAUAUCGGAUUGAUCUCGUACCUGCUAAUAUUAGCAUAGAACCUGACUUCUACGGCUACGACCCGGCCGAGACUUAUGAGUACCGUUCCUCAAAUAUGAUACCGCCGAUAUCAGUGUUUGGGUUGCCAUCCUACGGCACUCUGGUGAAUUCCACCGAAUUGCUGUCUCCGUCUACUUUUAACUGGCCCCAAGGAGCCGGGUUGAAGGCUACUCUUCCUAACGGAACCGAAUAUUCACCCGGUCCGGGUGACUACCGCUGGCUUGCUAGUGUGCUGCGUUGGGGUGGAGACCCCGAUAAGUUGGAGGAUAAUGAGACAUGGCUUUCAGGGGUUAUAAGAUUUGUAGGAGAUGGGCCUGUAACAGAGCCUGCAUAG